UUCACAGUCGUAGCGGCCCUCCGGUGGAAGUCAUAACUACGAUGUGGCCCGUGACAAAGAUGAAUUUGAAACCCCUGCCCUAGAGCAAUGGUGUUGCUAAGCUAAGUUCUUAAGUCCUACUCCAAAUUAUUUUUUACAUUUUUAACACAUUAUAAGUACAUAAUUCUAAAUAAAUCUGCCCAAUUGAGCCAAAUUUGUGAUUGGAAACCUCACAAAACGGCAUUCCAGUGAAAUUCAGCCACAUAAUUGGUACCGUCCAAAUAUCAAUAAAAUAAGUAAAAGUUUUUGGUGGCUAUUUGGAAGCUUCUUGCCUGUCUGCUGCUUGUAUCUGCUCUUCUUCCUGGCUUUUAAAAUCAUUUUUUUUUUGUAUUUAUUCCAUUAGGUAUUAUCUUAAGGUCAUAUGACCCAACCCUACUUCUUUCCCUGAGGACAUUGUGAAUUACGAGGUCGGAGGAAUGCGGCGCUCCUCGGACGGUGAGUCGCUUCCCGGUCGUGAUGAGGUGUCGGCUGCUCGUCUGCUCUCCGGGACAAAGGAAGGAACUCUUAAUCACGGUGGUCCCGACUGAAGGACGCCACAAACUGGGCUUCCUAUGGGAGCGAGGUGCCCCCGUAUACAGAAAGCCGUCUGAGCAAAUAUUCCAUAUCCUUGCCAUGCAGUUUAAGGGCCAUGUAUAAUUAGACGCUUUGUCCUCACUAGUGGGAAAACUUUAGCAUACUAGUAGGGAAACCACAUGUUACUAGUCAGACAAAACUGCGCGCCUAGUACUACUGCUAGUGACCUAAAAUUCUCCUAGUCAACAUCUAGAGCUUGACGAGCUCAGUGAACACCAGCAUAUUUGCACAUUCACCUAUUUGCAUUUUGUUUUUUUCAGUUAGCAAAUUAAAUUGUCGGUUCAUGUAUUUAUUGAAAAUAAAAUAAGAUGAAUAACAUACAACUUGCAUAUACCGUAUUUAUUAUAUUAAACAAUUGGUAAACAAUAUGAAUUGUAAAUAGAGCAUUCCUCACAUAUUUGCAGCUUGUGCAAUCACCUAUUGAAAUAUUUUUUUUUAAAACUAUUCUUCGUUAUUUGCUGUUUUCGUGCUCAGGACAAAGCCAUGUCUAAUUUAAAAUCCGCACCGCACAGAUGUCAACUAGUGCGCAGUUUUGCCGCACUGCUAAUGUGUAUUUGUCCUACUAGUGAGGACAAAAAGUGCGCUAGUAUAUGGACUUUAAGCUUGAUAAGGAGGCUAUUAAAAGUGGCACUAAUAGUGAAAAAAACAUGACUAGCAAGACACAUAUUUUGCGCCCUAGUCAUUAUGCUAGUAUGCUAAAUUGUUUUGUGAGAACAAAGAGUGUAUUAGCACAUGCACUUUAAGCUGCAUUUCAAUAGAAGAAAUGCUCAAACGGCUUUCCAUCCACGCCGGUUACAGAGUGGGUGUGUGAGGGGAACUCCUUCUGAGGGUCCUGACAGGAUCCGGUGUGUUUACAUGGAGGUUUCUUGUCCAGGAUUGGCUGCUUGGUUGCACAAGUGACAGCUUUACAGGCAGACUUUGGUGGCAUCUUGUCAGGCAGCAGCACAUCAUGUGAGAGGAGCAACGCGCUGCAAGGACUUUCCAAAAAAAAAAAAGAGAGGGGGGGACCCCCAUUUUGGACCACUUUCACGAGGAUUCUCUUUUUUUUCCCCCCCCCCCUUCUCCUUUCAAGCAUGUCCCCUUAGAAUCUUUUGCGAGUCGAACCUCAUACAAGCGCGACCUAAAAGCCAUGUAUGUGGGAUACAUACUGGAUAAAGAGAGCGGCAUGUAUCACCAAGGCCCCGUGCGGCGAUCCAGCAUCAACCUGCCCCCGCAGAACUUUGUGUCCUCGCCACAGUACCCCGACUUUAGCGGAUACCAUCACGUCCCCAACGUGGACUCGCACGGCCAGUCGGCGGGCAGCUGGGGGCCGUCGGCGUACGGAGGUCCCCGGGAGGAAUGGGGCGCCUACGGCCUGGGGCCCCCGAACGCGCUGCAGUCCACGCCCGUCAACAACUCGUCGCCGGCGCAGGUGGCCUACUGCUCGGCCGCAGAGUACACCCACAUGCACCCGCCCCCGCCGGCCUCGGCGGCCCUCCUGCAGCAGCAGCCGCCGCCGCCGCCGCCGGACGUGUCGCCGGACCGGGAGAGGCGAAACUCGUACCAGUGGAUGAGCAAAACGGCGCAGUCCUCCUCCACAGGGAAGACAAGGACGAAGGAAAAGUACCGGGUGGUCUACACAGACCACCAGCGGCUAGAACUGGAGAAGGAGUUCCACUUUAAUAGAUACAUCACCAUCAGGAGGAAAGCCGAGCUGGCCAUCAACCUGGGCCUGUCCGAGAGACAGGUAAAGAUUUGGUUCCAGAACCGCCGCGCCAAGGAGCGUAAACUGAUCAAGAAGAAGCUGGGCCAGUCGGACGGCAGCGGGGGCUCCGUGCACAGCGACCCGGGUUCCGUCAGCCCCCUGCCGGUGCCCGGCUCGCUCAGUCCUACGGACAUCCACGGUGCCCUGUACCCUGGCCCUGGCCCUGGCCCUGGCCCCCAUCCACACCCUCAUCCACAUCCACAUCCCCACCCUCAUCCCCAUCCUCAUCCUCACCCCCAGCCCCCUCCAACACAGGCUAUGAGCACAUUGCCGUCCAUCAGAAAUAUACAGCAAGUGACUGUGAGCCAGUGACGUGGCACCAAACACUCGGAACCAAACGGAGCACUCCGACACGCUGCAGCAGGACUCUUCACACAACAACACGUUUCUUUUUUUUUCUUUUUAUACAAUAGUUCCAAUAACACAGGAGGAAGAGGAGGAGGAGGAGGAGGAGGGAAGAGGGUAAAUGGUUUGGUGUUCCUAACUACCAAAGCUUGAAAUUGUUUGUGAAUUUUAAUAAGAUAUAAAUGGUUUUUUGGAUGUGAUGUGUUUGUGAAUAAAAUGACGACUCAGGGAAUCAGCAUGUUAAUUUUCCAAGUGUAAAAAAAAAAAAAAAAAAAAAAAACA